CUACGAGUACCGUAAAGUUCAAGAUGGCGGCUACUGGCGUGCUGCCCUUCGUCCGGGGCAUCGAUUUUACUCGAAAUGACUUCCAAUGGCGAGCUUGGAGCUAUGAUAAAUACACAGGAAAACGAAGAAGGAUCCGAGAGGACUACUUUCCCAAGGCAGUCGGUGACAUGACCGGCCUGCGAUGGCUGCGGCUAAACAGGACCAAGAUCGACUGGAUCCCGGACGAACUCCAGAGCCUCAAGAAACUUGAGACGCUGUCUCUGGUGCGCAACAACCUGGUGACGCUGCACGGCGAAGUCCCGCAGCUGCCGUGCCUGCGCUCCCUCAACUGCCGCCACAACCGGCUAAAGAAUUCAGGCAUACCGCCUGACGUGUUCGACCUCGAAGACCUCUUUGUUGUGGACCUGAGCUACAACGACCUGCGAGAAAUCCCCACCAACCUGGAGCAUGCUCGAGGCCUGCUCGUGCUCAACCUCGCAUACAACAGAAUCGAAACGAUCCCACACCAGCUCUUUGUCAGCCUGGUCGACUUGAUUCAUCUCGACCUGAGCGGCAACCAGCUUGAGACUCUGCCACCUCAGAUGCGACGCCUGGUCAGUCUGCAGACCCUAGUGCUGAAUGACAACCCCCUCGGCCACUACCAAUUAAGGCAGCUACCAGCACUGACGUCGCUGCAAGUGCUACACAUGCGCAACACGCAGCGGACGGUCAUCAACACUCCUGUCUCGCUCGAUUCAUCGGCCGUGCUUUCUGAUGUGGACUUCUCACAAAAUGCGCUGCCGAGAAUUCCUGACGUCCUCUACACAUUGCCGACGCUUCGCCGGCUCAACCUGAGCGACAAUGCCAUCACAGAAGUGUCUCCCGUCAUCGGAGAUGUGUGGAAGAACAUCCGCAGCCUCAACCUAUCCCGAAACAAGCUGACAUCCCUACCUGCAGCACUGUGCAGGCUCACCACGCUAACCCACCUGUACCUCAAUGACAACUUGCUCGACUUCGAGGGCAUUCCAUCGGGAAUUGGCAAGCUCCACAAUCUGGUGGUAUUCAUGGCGGCUUACAACAAUCUGGAGAUGAUCCCCGAAGGUGUUGUACGCUGUGGACGACUGAAAAAGCUGGUGCUGUGCCACAACCGCCUCAUCACGUUACCUGAAGCAAUCCACCUGCUCACCGACCUUGAGGUGCUUGACCUCAAGGACAACCCAGACCUGGUGAUGCCCCCCAAGCCGCUAGAGUGCCAGCGGGGCGCCGGUGCCGAGUUCUACAAUGUUGACUUCUCGCUCAGCGAACAGCUGAGGCUUGCUGGGGCUACACCCACUGCGCAAAUCCCGGCACCGACCCCCGUGAAGGACCCGAUCGCGCGCAAGAUGCGGCUUCGGCGGCGGCGGGAAGGCGAGGCUGACAGUGACCAAGCAAAGAUUCUCAAGGGUAUGACUGAUGUGGCCAUGGAGAAAGACCGCAAUGGCCGGUCAGGAGGCGAAGACCGUGUGGAUUCUCUCAAGCCAAAGCGCUGGGACGAGGCCCUGGAGAAGCCACCCAUAGACUACAGUGAGAUCUUUGAAGAGGAUGUUGGUCAGAUGCCGGGGACGUUUGUUUGGGAAAUUGACAACUUCCUUCCAAACCCUCUUGAUGAGUCUCUGGUGGGCAAGUUCCAUGAGGGUGACUGUUACAUUGUGCUGAAAACGUUCAUCGAGGAGACACAGAAUCUCAACUGGCUCAUCUACUACUGGAUUGGCGCUGAAACCACGCUGGACAAGAAGGCAUGCGCAGCCAUCCAUGCUGUGAACCUGCGAAACUUUCUGGGCGCCCACUGCCGGACCGUGCGGGAGGAGCAAGCAGAUGAGAGCCCCGAGUUCCUGCAGCUGUUUGGAGGGCACAUCAACUAUCGCAAGGGAAACAGGGCGUCGAGUGGCUUCUACAACGUCGAGGAAGUGGAGUAUGUGGUUCGCCUGUACCGUCUGCACUCCCGAAAUCGUCUGCUGCACGUCGAGUCGGUGGCGGUAGACCCCAGUUCCCUGGACCCACGGUACGUCUUUGUGCUCGACGCCGGCCGGAAACUCUUUGUCUGGAGUGGCAGGGUCUCACAAAACACCAUGGUCUCCAAGGGGAGGCUUUUGGCUGAAAAGAUCAACAAGAACGAGCGGAAAAACUACUCGGAGGUCAUCACAUGCGCCCAAUCCGAAGAGGAGGAGGACUUCUGGAACGCCCUCGGCUGCACGGAUCCCAGCGAGCUUGAAGACUUCGAGCCGGUCGAGCACGUGCCAGAGAACUUCACACCCGCCCACCCCUGCCUGUACAAAGUUGGCCUUGGCAUGGGGUACCUCGAACUGCCUCAAGUGGAGGUGCCCGAGGGCAAGCUGGUGCAAUCCCUGUUGGACACCAAGAAUGUCUACAUCCUGGACUGCAACUCGGACCUGUUCGUCUGGCUAGGCAAGCGUUCAACACGCCUCGUGCGGGCGGCGGCACUCAAGCUGUGCCAGGAGCUGCUUUGCAUGAUUCACCGGCCAAGUCACGCCAUUGUCAACCGCUGCCAGGAAGGGACGGAGACAAUGGUGUUCAAAUCCAAAUUCAUUGGCUGGGAUGACGUCAUUGCAGUCGACUUCACACGCACAGCAGAAUCUGUUGCAAGAACAGGGGCUGACCUUCAAAAAUGGAUGUCCACCCAAAAGACGAAAACAGACCUCUCUGCCUUGUUUAUGCCACGUCAGCCUGCCAUGUCUAAAGAGGAAGCGACGCAACUCAUGGAGGAAUGGAACGAGGACUUGGAAGCCAUGGAAGCAUUUGUGCUGGAAGGCAAGAAGUUUGUGAAGCUUCCAGAAGAGGAACUGGGUCACUUCUACAGCGCGGACUGCUACGUGUUCCUGUGCCGCUACUGGGUGCCCGCGGAGGCUCCCGGGGAGGGCGAUGGAGACGAGCCAGUCGUCAAGAACGGCCCCGACGGCGGUGCCGGCGACGAGGACGAGGAGAUGGAGGAAGAGGAGGAGACCGUGGAGGACGACUACACCUGCGUGGUGUACUUCUGGCAGGGCCGGGACGCUGGCAACAUGGGCUGGCUCACGUUCACCUUCAGCCUGCAGAAGAAGUUUGAGGCCCUCUUCGGGGACAAGUUGCAGGUGCUCAGGACGCAUCAGCAACAAGAGAAUCUGAAGUUCCUAUCACACUUCAAGCGCAAGUUCAUCAUCCACACGGGCAGCCGCAAGAAGUCUCAGACCGAACAGAACAAUGCCGUCGAGCUGUUCCACCUACGUGCAAACGGCAGCCCUAUCUGCACACGGUGUGUUCAGAUUCCUCCCACAGCAAGUAACCUCAAUUCUGCUUUUUGUUACAUUCUGAAAGUGCCUUUCGAGCAAGAUGGCGAGGAGGACGGCAUGGUCUACGUCUGGAUUGGCAGCAAGGCCGACGAAGACGACGUACGGUUAGCGGAAGAACUGGCGCGAUCUCUCUAUGGUGCGAUGGAGUAUUCCAUAGUGACCGUCGACGAGGGAGAAGAACCGGAAAAUUUCUUCUGGGUUGGUCUUGGAGGAAAAGCACCAUACGAUGAUGAAGCGGACUUCUUGCAGCAUGCGCGUCUCUUCCGGUGCUCCAACGAGAAGGGCUACUUUGCCAUUUCGGAGAAGUGCGCCGACUUCUGCCAGGACGACCUGGCGGACGACGACAUAAUGAUCCUCGACAACGGGGCGCAGGUCUUCAUCUGGGUCGGGUCGCGCUGCAGCGAGGUAGAAGUCAAGCUGGCCUACAAGAGCGCUCAGGUGUAUGUGCAAAACCUGAGGGUCAAGCAGCCCGAGCUACCACGAAAGCUGAUGCUCACCGUCAAGGGGAAAGAGUCGAAGCGGUUCACAAAGUGCUUCCACGGUUGGGGAGCCUACAAGACUGUCGCCGAGUAGGAGCAGUCAACCCACCAAGUCUAGCAGUGACAAUCCGCCGAGCCGACCACAUCUACAACGCCGCGCAGACGUUGCAGCAUCUCGACGAAGCGAGCGCCUGUCCGUCGACAGCCCGAAGCUUGUGACAUGGCCAAAGGUUUAAGUACACGCCCGUCGACAACUUUGGAAGCGCUGGCUGCAAAAGAGUUGACGUGCUGCUGCAGAAGCGCGCAGGUCACAAGGUUGUACCACACCGCCUGGUGUUAGGCUUGGACUAUGGACCACCUUUCUCGUCUGUUGGCAGCGGGCAUUGUAUGCUUGUUCCCGGUGAACGUAAUCGACCGUUGCUGAAAGCUUGCUAACAAAUACCCCGGGAUAGCCGAACGGACACAAAUUCAGUAGGAUAGAAACACUGUUAAGAGAGUUUGCAAAGACCCGUUCUAAGCAAAUGCAACUUGGAUUUCCUAAAGGAGUACUGGUGCGAUCAUGCAGAAGUCGUCAUAUUUUUGCGUUAAAUGAAGAACCUAGCCCUCUAAACCCUAGCGAAAAACACUACCAAGUGUCGGAGCACCCUGAGUAA